AUGUGCUACACCGUACCCACACGCACUCUCUGCCCGAGCUGCCGCGGCCGCACGGGCCUGGCCGACCUGGUCGUCGUGGAAAAGACCUGCAUCCCCACCGCGAGAUGUCCGUACCGCUCGUGGCGGCCGCUGCCGCGUCGUCCGCGCGAGGAGACCGUGGUCUCUCAUCGGAAGUGUGCCAAGUGUGUUCGGAGCGCGCUAUCCGUGGAGCGAAGUGUGAGUGACGCUGAUGGUGAGACAGGGAUGUUGGACACAGGGUCGAGCACACCCGACACCGGCACCGGCACGACCGGCACCAGCGUCAGUACUACCAGCGCAGUCCGCCAAGGCUUCGCCGCCAUGAGCAGGGAGUGGGAAGUCCGGAACGGCAUCAGUCCCCUGUGGAGGCUGGGCGAGGCGUAUCCCGAAAAGGAGAACAGGGGGUUCUGGAGGGAGGUGUUUGGUGCGAGAGACCCCUAG